UCCAUAGAAAAUUAAACAAACAGUUGAGAAGGGAUCGAUUAGGGUUCGUUUUCGUCGGAAUAUUCUAUAACAAUCGGAGGCAUGAGCACGACGGAGGGAGUGAUAAAGUCGAUCCAGGGCCUAUCAGGGAGCUCGGGGGACUUAUCUGCACUCCACCGUAUUCUGAAAGGAGCUGAGGAGACGCUCCGAACCGACUCGGAUCUUCAACUCUCUACUCUCGACCAGCUCCACCCUUCCAAGCACUCUCUCGGCUACCUCUAUCUCCUAGAUGUUCUUACGUGUGGUUCAAUGUCCAAGGAGAAAGCUUUGCUAAUUUCUCGGUUCAUUACUUGUUGCGAUGCUGAGCAGAUUCGUUUAGCAAGCGACAAAUUUGUGUCUCUUUGUAAGAGAUUCAAAGAGAGAGUUUUGGAGCUCAGAGAUCCGUUACGAGGGGUGGCGCCACUGUUGACAGCUGUUCGUAAGGUUCAGGUCUCCACCAAACGUUUGACUGCAUUGCAUCCGGAUUGUCUUCAACUAUGUCUGCAGGCCAAGUGCUAUAAAUCUGGUUUCUCCGUUCUUAGUGACGAUAUCUUGGAGGUUGACCAGCCUAGGGAUUUCUACCUCUAUUGCUAUUAUGGGGGAAUGAUAUGCAUCGGACUGAAGAAAUUCCAGAAAGCAUUGGAGCUUCUUUACAAUGUUGUCACUGCUCCAAUGCAUACUCUCAACGCCAUAGCUCUUGAGGCGUAUAAAAAGUACAUAUUGGUGACUCUUAUUCACUCCGGGCAGUUUAGUGUCAGUCUCCCCAAGUGCGCUUCUACAGCAGCUCAGAGGAGCCUCAAGACCUGGUGUACAGCUUACACUGAAGUGGGAAAUUGCUACAACGAAGGGAAGAUCAGUGAACUAGAGGCAGUUGUUGUGGCCCACGGCUCAGAUUUUGAAAAGGAUAAUAACCUUGGAUUAGUUAAGCAAGCAGUGUCAUCCCUUUACAAACGGAACAUUCUGAGAUUGACUCAGAAGUACUUGACCUUGUCGCUUCAAGAUAUAGCCAACAUGGUUCAACUUGCUAGUGCUAAGGAGGCUGAAAUGCAUGUGCUUCAGAUGAUCCAGGAUGGUCAGAUACAUGCUCUUAUCAAUCAGAAAGAUGGAAUGGUCAGAUUCUUGGAGGACCCUGAGCAGUACAAAACCAGUGAGAUGAUUGAGGUCAUGGACUCUGUCAUCCAAAGGACUAUUAGGCUGUCGAAGAACCUCAUAGCAAUGGAUGAGAGCUUGUCAUGUGAUCCUUUAUACUUGGGAAAGGUUGGAAGGGAAAGGCAAAGGUAUGACUUUGGAGAGGAUUUUGAUACAGUCCCGCAGAAGUUCUCCAUGUAAAACAGCAGAAGACAACCUCAAGGAACAAAACUUGUCUUAAAGACAACCCUAGUUCUCAACGUUGUUCUUUUCUGUUGGUUAUGAAGUUUCACAUUUUUUCUCACAAUGGCCAACAAGUAAAAAAAAUAUCGUUUUGGACUCGAAGAUUAUCAAUGCGAACCGAAUGUUAUUGAGCUAUAAACUGCGUGCCGUUUUUUUA